AAGAUUUUCUCGGUGAUUGUGAACGAAAUACGGAACAACAGUCAGCACUUGCCCGGCGGCAAUCCAUCCGAAGAUGAAUCUAUCGUUUGCCGGUUGCGGUUUUCUCGGCAUCUACCAUGUCGGUGUUGCGGUGGCCUUCAAGAAGUAUGCACCCCAUCUGCUGCUGCACCGCAUUAGUGGCGCAUCGGCCGGUGCGUUGGCCGCCUGCUGUCUGCUCUGCGAUAUGCCAUUAGGAGAAAUGACGUCUGAUUUCUUCCGCGUGGUCAAUGAAGCCCGAUCACAUUCGCUGGGCCCGUUCAGCCCACGGUUCAACAUUCAGACCUGCCUGCUGGAAGGGCUUCAAAAGUUUCUGCCUCCAGAUGCGCACGAACGUGUCAAUGGCAAGCUGCACAUCUCGCUGACCCGUGUGUACGAUGGCAAGAACGUGAUCGUGUCACAGUUCAAUAGUCGCGAAGAUCUCCUACAGGCCCUUCUCUGUGCCUGCUUCAUUCCAGUGUUUUCCGGUCUUUUACCACCCCGAUUUCAUGGCGUACGGUACAUGGACGGUGCGUUCUCCGAUAACCUUCCCACGCUGGACGAGAACACGGUAACGGUCAGUCCGUUCUGUGGCGAAAGUGACAUCUGUCCGCGUGACAAUAGUUCGCAGAUGUUCCACGUCAAUUGGGCCAACACUAGCAUCGAACUGUCCAAGGAAAACAUCAACCGUUUCGCUCGCAUCCUGUUCCCACCGAAGCCCGAAAUAUUGUCCUCCUUUUGUCAGCAGGGAUUCGACGAUGCGCUCAACUUCCUGCAUCGAAACAAUCUCAUCAGCUGCACCCGCUGUCUAGCGGUACAGUCGACGUUCGUCGUCGCUGAGCAACCGUCCCCGAACCUGGAGGAACAGAUCCUGGAAGAGUACGACCCAGAGUGUAGCGAGUGUAAAGAGUGUACGCAGCAUCGCAAGAACGCGCUGGUGGGCAGUAUGCCCGACAAUGUGCUCACUGUGUUCCAGACUUACAUCGAGCAGGCAAACAAGGGUCUCAUCAACUGGGUGUUCCGUCAUCGGGGUGGCAAAUUGUUGACUGCGCUUUCACUUCCCGCAAUUCUGCCGGCGGAUAUCGUGUGUGCUACGUUGACGAAUAUCGUUGGCGGUAUAAUCGAGCAGAGACAAUUCCGCUACAAUGUGCUGGGCAAUGUGGUCUAUCCAACAAAGCGCCCUCCACCUACCGACCACGGGUUACGGGGAAAUCUGCAGCGUUUGAAAUGUAACCAUCUUGUAUGCUCCUCCUCGUCUCGAUCCGAUCCCGUUCCAUUUCCUCUCGACAGAUUGGCAACAUUGGCCGUCCCUGACCGGCAGCGUUUUCUAGCGCAGCUCGAGAACCGUCUAGCGUCCCGGCUGAUGGGUGCAGCACCAUCGAUAGGCAAGCAGAUUUGGGCCAUGAGCGAGUUUGUGCUGAAGAAUUUAAACACGAUCCUACUAAAGGUGCGACGGCGGCAAAAGCAACAGCUGACAGCGAACCUUCAGUGCCAGAUUGCACUCACGGAAUACAAUCAAACCAUGGCACAGCAGCAUCAUCAGCACAGUCAUCGCAGCUCGAUCAUCGACAUGCGACUAGAUGAUGGCAAAACUUUCAGCAAAGAGAUCACCCCGACCUACAGCUCCGGACACCAUUCGGCGAUGGGCGAUAUUGACGCAUUCGACCACAUACUUCAAGUAUCCUCGCAUCACGACGCAAUGUACGCUUACUAUUACAUGGACGAAGACAAUAAGGUUAAGGUAACGGAGAUAUUCGACAUGAGCGAAAGUGACAAUCCUGCGCUACAAACUGCCAACGAGCUGGAGGCAAACCAGCAGCUGGAGUUCGAUACCGACUGGGAAACAACACAGCCAGAUUUCCUCUACGCCAACUCUUACGGUGGAGACAAUAUAAUUGACAUCGAAGAGUUUAUCGAUCCCAGCAUCUUCAUGAAUGGCAACCAUCAUCAUCUCAUGAGCGGCAACAACAAUAACACCGGCGGCCUUAGUACGCUGUCCCAGUAUCCAAUCAACCCGUGGGAAUGCUCCCAAGUACAAAUAGAAGAGCUCUCGACUGACUUUAACGAUCCCUCGCUGGAACCGGAAGCGGAUCAGCAGACAAGUCUCAUGUCCGAAUCGGCAACGCUACUGCUAAGCAAACCACCCUCCUCGUACUCGAUUGAGAUGUAAACCGUCUGGCGCUGGCUAUCGCAA